AUGCCACAUCUUAUCGUUCUUAGACACGGAGAAUCCGAGUGGAACAAGACAAACAAGUUCUGCGGAUGGGUGGAUGUUUCGUUGAGUGAUAAUGGUAAAAAGCAAGCCGAGAGAUCUGCGGAAUUGUUGUUGAAGCAGAAAGAAGUUGGAAAGCCUGACAUCUGCUUCACAUCCAGGCUCACAAGAGCAAAUCAGACUGCAGAGAUUAUCUUGGACAGGAUGCACAGAUUGUUUAUAGACACAGAUAAGACUUGGAGGCUUAAUGAGAGGCAUUAUGGAGCAUUCCAAGGCAGAGAUAAAACAGAAGUGUUGGCAGAGGUUGGCAAGGAAAAGUACAUGUUUGUGAGGCGUGCCUACACUGGUUGUCCACCGUUAUGCGAUCCAGAUGCAGAAUGCAGGAGUUUGGAUGACAGGUACAACUUGGAUGCCGAGGAUGAGAAGAAAUUGGGCCUAAGUGGAGGCGAAAUGCCUCGAGGCGAAUCUUUGGAGAUGGUAGUCGGUCGUUUAGUGCCCUACUACAAGGCAGCAAUUGAACCGGAGCUUGCCAAGGGAAGAACCGUUCUGGUGGUGACGCAUGGUUCUGUUGUGAGAGCUUUGUUGAAGGUGCUAUACUCGAUAAGUGAUGAUGAUAUCUCCGAGGUCAAUAUUCCAAACGGUAUUCCUAUAAAGAUAGACUUGGAUGCCGAGACGUUGAGGCCAAGAAAGGACAUGUGGGAGUAUCUUGAUCCAGAGAGGGCCAAGGUUGAGGCCGAGAAGGUCCGUUUACAGGGUUUCAAGAAAUGA